AAUGACCCCAUUCAUGGUCACAUUGAGCUGCACCCCCUGCUGGUGAAGAUGAUUGACACUCCUCAGUUUCAGAGACUCCGUCACAUCAAACAGCUGGGAACAAAAUAUCUGGUGUUCCCUGGAGCCACUCACACUCGCUUCGAACACUCCAUUGGUGUGGCGUAUUUAGCUGGAUGUCUUCUCAGAAGUCUUCAUUAUAAUCAGCCAGAGCUCAACAUUACCAAACAAGAUUUCCUGUGUGUUCAGAUCGCUGCUCUGUGCCAUGACAUGGGUCAUGGUCCGUUCUCUCAUUUAUUUGAUGGCAUGUUCAUCCCUGAAGUACGACCUAAUUCCCCUUGGGAGCACGAGGAAGCCUCUGUUGACAUGUUUCACUGCAUGAUCAAGAAGAAUGGACUGGAAAAAGAGAUGGAACAACAUGGACUUAAUCUAUAUGAAGACCGCAUAUUUAUUAAGGAAUUAAUUCUGAAAGGACAAAAAGAUGCUAAGUGGUCAAUGAAGGGCAGGACUGAAGACAAGUCUUUCCUGUAUGAGAUUGUGGCAAAUAAACUGAACGGCAUUGACGUGGAUAAAUGGGACUAUCUGGCUCGCGACUGUCAUUAUCUCGGCAUUCCUAAUGGUUUUGACCAUGAGCGUCUGCUGAAAUCUGCACGAGUGUGUGAUGUGAACAAGAGGAGACACAUCUGCUUCAGGGACAAGGUGGCAGAAAAUAUUUAUGGCAUGUUUCACACUCGAUACACUCUCCAUCGUCAGGCCCUUCAGCACAAGAUUGGCUACAUCAUUGAUGUCAAGAUCAAGGAUGCGCUUGUACUAGCUGAUGGCCCACUGAAGAUCUCAAAUGCCAUAGAUGACAUGCUGGAGUACACAGAACUCACAGAUCACAUCUUUGAUCAGAUCUUGAACAAGUCAAACACACAUCUGAAAAAGUGUGUUGGAGAGGCCAGAUUGAAUGAAGAAAAAUUAGAGCAGAAGGCUGAGGAGUGCUUUCAGAAGUGGUGUGAGAAAGACUUCAUUGAUUCAGACAAUCUGUCUAAAGCCCGAAGCAUUCUAGAAGACGUUGUCAACAGACGGCUGCCAAAGUUCGUGGAGAGGCCCGACUAA